AUGGGGUAUGAGAAGAAGCAUCUUCCAUCUUCGUAUAAGUCAGUGACGAAGAAGGUAGUAGUAGGCUUUAUUCGCAAUAACAUCAUUUGUCGAUUCGGAAUCCCCGAGUCAAUUAUAACAGAUAAUGGAGCUAAUCUUAAUAGUGGCCUGAUGCGUGAGAUAUGCGAAACAUUUAAGAUUACUCACCGCAAUUCCACCCCUUAUCGUCCUCAGAUGAAUGGAGCAGUUGAAGCAGCCAACAAAAACAUCAAGAGAAUAUUGCGGAAAAUGAUUGAUAAUUACAGACAAUGGCAUGAAAAAUUGCCAUUGGCCCUUCUCGGUUAUCGCACCACUGUUAGGACUUCAACUGGGGCAACACCUUAUCUUUUGGUCUAUGGAACAGAGGCUGUGUUACCUGCAGAGGUAGAGAUACCAUCGUUGAGGAUUAUCCAAGAAGCUGAGUUAAGUGAUGCCAAGUGGGUACAAAAUCGAUAUGAACAAUUGAUGCUCAUUGACGAAAAGAGGAUGAAUGCAGUUUGUCAUGGACAGCUUUAUCAGAACAGGAUGGCCAAAGCUUUCAACAAGAAGAUCUGCUCAUCUUCUCCUCAGCCGCUCGUCUCCCUUUCCUAUUCAGAGAAGAUCCAACUCUCCCUUUCCCCUGAGCCAGAGAAGGCCUCACCAUUUCUAGCAAGGUCUGAAUUCGCACAGGUGGGUUGA